CCCGCGGUGUACCAGCUGUUGCUAUGCAACCAUUAACGCGUCGUUUUGGUCUGCGACACGAUGGCGGCAAGAAGUGCUGAUAAAAAGGGCCAGCCCUUCAUUUCGCAGGUCAAGAAACGUCCAUCCUCUACCAGUAAGGCUGAAAGGUCCAAAAGAGUUGAAAUAAGGGCACAGUCAAAAUCUGCUUCUGGUCAGGCAAAGAAGCAUACAGAUGAACUUUUAGCCAAAGAAGAAGAGUAUAAACUCCUUAAUGCAGAGCUGGAAGCCAAAACAGCAGAUUUAGUUAGACAGGCUGAGCAACUUAUGAGAGAACAAAGUGAAGUUCUUUCAAAGCCUUUAUCCAAUGUCCUGCUCACAGACACUGAAGAAGAAGAGACGUCCAGGAUAACGAAGACUCACACAUGUGCUGUGCAGCAGCCUGGUGUCAAGGAGGCGACCAAAAGAAUUGUUGCAUCAAGAUCACAAAAUAUGCUGAGUGGAAAACAAGUGAAAGAUCCCCACUUUAAAACUGGGAGCUCAGAGGAUGAUCUUGAAACUGUAGAAGAUUCUGCUAAUUCAUUCUUGGCAAAGACAAUUCACAGCAUGGAGGAGAAAAUGAACAAUGCUGUAGUUCAUGAAAAUGCUGUGGAUGAAAUACCUAACUUUGGAGACAAUGUAGGAUCAGGAGUUUCAGAAGCUCAAAUACGAGUCCUGAAGGCAAAACUCCGGAUUAUGCAAGAGGAACUGGACCAGAUCUCAUGUGAAUAUUACAAGAAGGACGAUGAAAACACAAAGCUUAGCGCAAAGAUUAAGGAGCUGGAGGAGGAUCGAGCCCGGCUGCAGAAGACCGUGAGCAUUCAGCAGACACAAAUCGAGAAGCACCGAGCUUUAGCCGCAGAGUCCAACAAAAAAUGUGAUGGACUUCAACUGGAAGUGUCUGGUUUGAGCAAGGAGAUAGAAAAUCUGAAUAGAUCACACAAACAAGCAGCAGCUGUCCACAGCACGGUGGAGGUCCGCCUGAACCGAGCUCUAGAGGAGGUGGAGAGGCUGAAGACUCAAUUGAACAAAAUGAAACAGGAGAAAAAGGACAAAAUAACUGAGGAACAUCAGAGUAAAGAAAAUCUGCUGGCUGAAAACAAAAUGCUAAAAAAGCAGAAAGCCGAACUCAUCAUGGCCUUCAAGAAACAACUGAAGCUAAUCGACAUUCUCAAAAGGCAAAAGAUGCAUUUUGAAGCUGCUAAGCUGCUGAGCUUCACAGAAGAAGAAUUCAUGAAGGCUCUAGACUGGGGGAAGUAAUAACCACUGAAUGUCUCCACUUCUAUUUUUUAAAAGCUAAAAAGCUUAACAGUGCCUCACUGUUAUUUAAGGAUACUUCUUUGUGUUGUAGGCCCCAGUUGUCUCUCAGAACAUUGUCAGAAAACUGAUAAAUAGAUUUGGUUUGUCUCUUCAGUUAAACAUUGGCAGACUGAGUUGCCACGUCUAUUUGGAAUGAUGUUAACUCAGUGCCUGUCAGCACCUCUUAAUAAAAAUAUGUCCCUGAAUCGG